UAGAUAGAGUUAUAUGGGCCAAACGCGGGAACACGGAACCUGCUUACAUUGUGUGUCUUGACCGAUAUGGACGAGUUGGGCCGGACGGCUUGAUUCCAUCGAUCAAUCAAACGGGAAUGGGACAUCUUGGCCGGAAUAGACGAGUCUGGCCUAACGGCCGGUAAUUUUCAAGCGACAGUCUCUCGUGUUUCAAUUUAUUUUUUAACCUUCCCUCUCCCGCUGCUUGCCUUAGCUUCUUUAAUUCCCGGUGUGGUGUUUAUUUUCCAGGUGUAUCGUGUAAUGAUGAUAUCGUCCAGUUACCCACAUCUCUCGGGGUCAGGGAAGGCGAACCGGCCAAGAUGGAUUGCUCUCAGGCGGGGAACAUUCGUAACAACAUGUUGUGGUAUCUCCAGAAGCGCGGCGGCGGGUUGACGCUGAUCGCCUCGGUUUACAUCAACAGCGAGGCCCGCCUGGAGGAGAGUGUUAAGGGCAGAUUCGUGGUUACGAGGACGAUGGAGAACAAGAAAUCAACUCUGGAGAUCCACAUGGUUAAGCGAGAGGACGGGGCGGUCUAUUUCUGCGGGGCUACGGAUGGGGCACAGCGGUGUAGACUCAGGCGGCGUCCGUACACAAAAUUCCACGCACCUGUUUCCAAAGCACCUGCUGAAGGAUGUCGAAGCUUUGAGGAGGUUGCGGAAGAGUUUUACCAGAAUGCUGCCUGGAUUAAAGGGUUCCAGUUGCAGAGAACGAUUCGAGUGGGAACAGAGGUUUACCUUGAUCGCUGCUCUCGGGUCCAGAGGAUUUACGCAGAACGAUUCCUGGAUUCGCAGGGUCCGGUGGCGCAUAGAAGAUUCGAGAGUUUGCCAGGACACGAGAGGCCGGAGUUACAGGUGUUUGGUGGAGGGGAGGGGUGGGAGAGGUUGAUACGAUCCCCGCCUCUCAGUUGCGAUUCUUUACGUACAGAGACCAGACUAGUUUUUGAACGGUCUCUGAUCGCUGUGAACCAACAGGAAGCCUAUUUUGGAAGUGGAACAAAAUUAGUUGUUCUCGAUCCAAAAUUGAAGCUGCGAUCUCCCGAAGUUACAAUUCUCCAGCCAUCUACCCAGGAAAUUAAUAGCAAGGGCAAAGCCACGGUGGUUUGUCUCAUCACUGAUUUCUACCCGGACAACAUCAAUAUACAUUGGUUUAUUGAUGACUUUAAACAAUCCAAAGAUGUUGCAAACAUCCAGAUGGAUCCCAGCUCCCAGAGCGAUGACGGAGGGAUCACCUUCAGUAUCAGUAGUCGCAUUAGAUUGGACGCCCGAGAUUACGCAAAGGCCAAGCAAGUCGUGUGUGUAGUAGACCACUACAAGAAUGGAUCUAUACCACAAACUAAACGUGUCACCUACAACAUCAAACAAGAGACGUGUGGCAUAAAUAAAGAGGCCAAAACACAGGCUAUGGAAGCUGGGAAACUGACUUAUAUGAUCCUGAUUUGCAAGAGCAUUCUCUAUGGAAUAAUUGCUUCUGUGCUGGCUUGCAAAGGCAAGACAUCUUCCAACAAGAGGUUUGAUUGAGGGAUCAAGGAGAUUCAACAACAAUGGUACAAAAGCAUGCAUAUCCACGAUCUUGUGGUUUCAAGAUUCCAUGAUCCCACCUUUCCUCGGAUUUGCAAUCGUUGUGGAAUAUUAAUUGGCUUUGCCGCGUUAGUUAAGUGUGUUUGCUCAUGACCCCGUUACAGCUUUGACUCUGGAAUCAAAUUGCUUGUAAAUUAUGUGGAUUUUCCAAAUCCAACUAACAGCACUCUGAAUUCGCCAGAAAAUUUGCCGUUUGGCUCUUUUUUUCUGUACAUGGUCAUAUCUUAAACAAUAAAGAGAGAUUUACUGCAAAUA